UAGCUGUUCUGUGGCCGCUUCUAGUGUGGCUCUUCGCAAAUGAGCAGAAAGGAGGCUAGGGCUCCCCUCCGCGCAUUUGAGCGAGCGGUGGGCCUCCGCGCGAUCGGCCACCCAGCCCAGGGCAGGGAACGGGUGGCGGUCGGCUGAGCCCGCGGUACCCGCCUCUGUCGCCGCCUCUCCGGGCCCCGCUCUCUCCUCAGGGUCCCAUGAUGGCGGCAGCGUGGAUGGACCCGACGCGGGUGUCUGUGACCUUCGAUGAUGUGGCCGUGACUUUUACCCGGGAGGAGUGGGGGCAGCUGGACCCGGCUCAGAGGACCCUGUACCAGGAGGUGAUGCUAGAAAACUGCGGGCUCCUGGUGUCUCUGGGGUGUCCUGUUCCCAGACCUGAGCUGAUCUACCAGCUGGAGCAGGGGCAGGAGCUGUGGACGGUGAAGGAAGACCUCUCCCGCAGCACCUGUCCAGGUGACAAAGGAAAGCCUAAGACCACAGAACCUACCACUUGUGAGCCAGCCCUGUCUGAGGGAGUCUCACUCCAGCAACAACUAAUACAAAGAGUUUCAGAGGACUCCCAUUUGGGCCAAAUCAACGAUAAGGAACGGUCAUUGGAAAUGCAAGAAGGACACUUGAGACCAGAGAUAGAACCCCAGAAGGGGAAGCUCCCUGGGAAACCAAGCUCUGAAUGUGGCAGCUUAGGGACACCUGGUGGUGUGUGUUCAAGGAUUGUAGAGGAGCCGGUCCCUCCAGGAGGUGCUGUCCAUGACCAUGACUCAUGUGGAUCUGGUAAUGAUCUCAUGAUUCAGGAAGAGGAAAGUAUCUUUAAAUGCAACGAAUGUGGGAAAAUUUUUAAUAAGAAACGCCUCCUUGCUCGACAUGAGAGGAUUCACUCUGGAGUGAAGCCCUAUGAAUGCACAGAGUGUGGGAAAACCUUUAGUAAGAGCACUUAUCUCCUUCAACACCACAUGGUCCACACCGGGGAGAAGCCCUAUAAGUGCAUGGAGUGUGGCAAGGCCUUCAACCGCAAGUCACACCUUACACAACACCAGCGGAUUCACAGUGGAGAAAAGCCUUAUAAAUGCAAUGAAUGUGGAAAGGCCUUCACCCACCGCUCCACUUUUGUUUUGCAUAACAGGAGCCACACUGGAGAAAAACCCUUUGUGUGCAAAGAAUGUGGGAAAGCCUUCCGAGAUAGGCCAGGUUUCAUUCGACACUACAUCAUCCACAGUGGUGAGAAUCCGUAUGAGUGCUUUGAAUGUGGCAAGGUCUUUAAACACAGGUCAUACCUCAUGUGGCACCAGCAGACUCACACUGGGGAGAAGCCCUAUGAAUGCAGUGAAUGUGGGAAAGCCUUCUGUGAGAGCGCAGCCCUCAUUCACCACUAUGUCAUCCACACUGGGGAGAAGCCCUUUGAGUGCCUCGAGUGCGGGAAGGCCUUCAACCACAGGUCAUACCUCAAGAGGCACCAGCGGAUUCACACUGGGGAGAAGCCCUAUGUGUGCACUGAAUGUGGAAAGGCCUUCACCCACUGCUCCACUUUUAUCUUGCAUAAACGGGCCCACACUGGAGAGAAACCUUUUGAGUGCAAAGAAUGUGGGAAAGCCUUUAGCAAUCGGGCAGACCUCAUUCGGCACUUCAGCAUCCACACUGGAGAGAAGCCCUACGAGUGCAUGGAGUGUGGGAAGGCCUUCAACCGCAGGUCAGGCCUCACCAGGCACCAGCGGAUUCACAGUGGAGAGAAGCCCUAUGAAUGCCUCGAGUGUGGGAAAACCUUCUGCUGGAGCACAAACCUCAUUCGACACUCCAUCAUCCACACUGGAGAGAAGCCCUAUGAGUGCAGUGAGUGUGGAAAGGCUUUCAGUCGCAGCUCAUCCCUCACUCAGCAUCAGAGGAUUCACUCUGGCGUGAAGCCCUAUGAGUGCACAGAGUGCGGGAAGGCCUUCAACCGCAGGUCACACCUCACAAGGCACCAGCGGAUUCACACUGGAGAGAAGCCUUACAAGUGCAGUGAGUGUGGAAAGGCCUUCACCCACCGCUCCAAUUUAGUCUUACAUAACAGAAGCCACACUGGUGAAAAACCCUUUGUGUGCAAAGAAUGUGGGAAAGCCUUUCGAGAUAAGACAGGUUUCCUUCGACACUACAUCAUCCACACGGGAGAGAAGCCCUUUGAGUGUGUGGAGUGUGGGAAAUCCUUCAACCGCAGAUCACAUCUCACCUGGCACCAGCAGAUUCAUAGUGGAGUGAGACCCUUUGAAUGCAACGAAUGUGGGAAAGGCUUUUGUGACAGCACAGACCUCAUCCAACACUAUGUCAUCCACACCGGAGAGAAGCCAUACAAGUGCCUUGAGUGCGGGAAGGCCUUCUAUCGCAGGUCACACCUCAAGCAGCACCAGCGGAGUCACACCGGGGAGAAGCCCUAUGUGUGCGGUGAAUGUGGAAAGGCCUUUACCCACUGCUCCACUUUUAUCUUACAUAAAAGAACCCACACUGGAGAAAAACCCUAUGAAUGCAAAGAAUGUGGGAAAGCCUUUAGCAAUCGGUCAGACCUCAUUCGACACUUCAGCAUCCACACUGAAGAGAAGCCUUAUGAGUGCAUAGAGUGUGGGAAAGCCUUUAACCGUAGGUCAUACCUCACCAGACACCAGCGGAUUCACAGUGGAGAGAAGCCCUAUGAAUGCAUGGAAUGUGGCAAAGCCUUUUGCCAAAGGGCAAACCUCAUUCGACAUGCCAUCAUCCACACUGGAGAGAAGCCCUAUGUGUGCACUGAAUGCGGAAAGGCCUUUACCUACUGCUAUACUUUUAUCUUGCAUAAAAGGGCCCAUAUUGGAGAAAAACCUUUUGAGUGCAAAGAAUGUGGGAAAGCUUUUAGCACUAGGAAAGACCUCAUUCGACACAUCAGCAUCCAUGCUGGAGAGAAGCCCUACGAGUGCAUGGAGUGUGGGAAGGCCUUUAACCGCAGGUCAGGCCUCACCAGGCACCAGCGGAUUCACAGUGGAGAGAAGCCCUAUGAAUGCAUGGAGUGUGGGAAAACCUUCUGCUGGAGCACAAGCCUCAUUCGACAUUCUGUCAUCCACACUGGAGAGAAGCCCUAUGAGUGCAGUGAGUGUGGAAAGGCCUUCAGUCGCAGCUCAUCCCUCACUCAGCAUCAGAGGGUUCAUACUGGGAGAAACCCUGUCAGUGUGACAGAUGUGGGAAGAACCUUCACAAGUGGGCAAUCCUCAGUCAGUCUUAAAGAACUCCUAUUGGGGAAAGACUUUUUGCAUGUAACGACUGAGGAAAAUCUUUUGCCAGAGGAAACAUCUUAUUCAGAAUCUGAUCAUUCAUACCAAAGAGAAACCUCUCACUUUUCUUCCCCAUGAGAAAAGCUAUUGCAGGAUAUCAGUUGUCAUCUAAAGAGUCAUGUUAGAAAUGGCCUAAGCCUAGAAACUUAUUCUGUAUCUGAAAAUUCACACAGGAGAGUGAUCCAAUCUUUAUUGUGCACUUAGCAAAACCCUCAGCCACAUCUUUCUCCUUAGUUUACACUACAAAAUUAUCUCAGGGAUAUUUAAACAAAA